AAGCCCAUAAACACUGUCUCUUCAACCAAGAACUCAAAGCCACAUUCACAACUUUUGAGCUAAAAUGGUGAUAAGUUCUCGUGUUUUGAUUGGUCUAACAAUGAUCCUCAUCAUCUCAGGAAAACUACUAGUUUCAGGGCAAGGAACGUGCCAAGGAGACAUCGAGGGUCUGAUGAGAGAAUGUGCGGUCUACGUCCAGCGUCCAGGCCCAAAGGUAAACCCGUCCGCAGCAUGUUGCAGAGUGGUUAAGAGAUCAGACAUACGUUGUGCAUGUGGCCGUGUCACAUCUUCAGUCCAGAAAAUGAUAGACAUGGAUAAGGUUGUUCAUGUCACUGCCUUUUGUGGCAAGCCUCUCGCUCAUGGUACCAAAUGUGGAAGUUACGUUGUGCCAUGAUUAGUUUGUGACUGGAUUCCACAAUAAAUUCAACUCUUGUAAUCUCUAAUAUAUUGAAGGAAAUAAAUAUAUUUUCUU